AGGGGUUAAUUCUGUUUUCAAUCUACAAUUUUUUUUUUUUUUUGAGUUUGACUCCAAUUUGAUCCUCAUCCAAUUCCACUUCUUUAAUUCAGUUCAGAAUGGGUCGUCUUCUCCAGUCCAUCUGACUGUGCAGAUUUUGUUUUCAAAGAUUCCCCUUUUCUAAUUGGUUCAGAAUUUGUUUUUAUUUUCGUAUAUUCUUGUAGUUUGCACCUCAUACCAAUCCUGUCUCUAUCACACCCACUUCUUUAUUUCCCUUGCGAAACCCAUGACUUUAUUUGAAUCUUUCACUCAAUCAUAUAUUCAAUGAGUUCUAAACUUGCACGCUAACACUCUAUGUAGUUUAUCUUCUGUUGUGAAUUUUGGGUCUUUACCAGCUUCGUUGUGGCAAUAAGGUGUUUGGAGCUGAAUUGUGUGUCUAAUGGCUGAAUUUUUCGGGCCUCGCCUGUACAGCUGCUGCAAUUGUCGAAAUCAUGUUUCGCUUCACGACGAUAUAGUUUCCAAGGCUUUUCAGGUUUCUAUGGAUCUGAAGGAGAAUGUGAAAUUAACAAGCAUGACCUUUACGUACCAUAGGCAACUCUCUGAGUCCAGUAAUCUGUCUGUUCCUCAUAGAAUGGAACUAGGUUUCAGAGAAAUGGUGGAGAUUUAAAGGUUGUCGUUGGGAGGAGGGAAGAACUUGAAAGUUAGGGUUCUCUUGUGGAAAAAAAGAAGAAACAUGCCCGGUGGAAACCAACAUGCUAGAAUCUGCCUAUUUUUAUAUUUUGAAAACAAAUUUGGGAGAUGUCGGGAGGUUCGGUUAUCUUAGUCUGUAUGGCAAGAUUUGCAGUCUGCUAUCUCACACCAACGGACAGACUUGGGACUACCCUUAUGUGUAAACGAGAGAGGCAAUGCUGGCCCUUUACCUAAAAGGCGAAAAUGGUUAAAGUAACUAGUGCAUUAAUUGUGUUCUCAACUGACAAAUUGGGGACUCUGGCCGUUUUCUUGUUCCGGUUUGCUUUUGCGUUUCUGGUCUUCGUUUGCUAGCUCAUGGCACUAGUAUAAACGUGAUCUAAGAUGAUUUUAUUUGAUCUUCUCAAGUGGAAUACACAGCACUGAAAUUUCUUUAGACUCUCCAGGUUUCAAAAGAAAAGGUGGGGUUGCGUUGGUUGCUGGACUGUAAAUAUGAACUGAAGUUGCAGGAGCAAACUAACUGCAAGCUAGAUGGAAUGUCCAUAUAUGACCAUGAUCUUUUCGUUGAAUGUUCGAUACUAGCAUUGGAUAGGCAUUGAAUGUUUGAUCCUGGGGCGAAUAACCUGUUGAAACUGCUACUAUUGUGUCUAUUGACACUAAAAGGGCAAGGCGAGAUUCCUCACCAUUGAACGACGGUGCAUAACGCAAGGUCCCAUCCGGGCGAGAGACUUCACAACGUCAGCAAAAUGGAGGCGGUGAUUUAACAUCUACUGACCGGAGAAUAUGUUCCAAUUAGGAAGGUUUGCGACUCCACACGCGGUUAGCAGAAGAAUGCGUGGGUUGUGGAACAAGACAUUGGGGGCGUUUUCCUAAUGUCUGCAAAAUUGUACUGAGAAUAAAGACAUGUCGGAUUUCAUUGUGCAAACUUUUAUUGUUCAGAACUUCAGAUGAUAA